UUACUUAAUGUACAGUGAUUAAUCAACUGGGAAAAAUAUGAUGAUGUCUAUUUUUUUAUUUUUUUCCCUGUUCACUUGCAAUGUCUUGCCUGUUUUAGUUUUAAUUUGUUUCAACAAAAUGGCUAUUUAUUGGUUAUUCACCUUAACACAAAUUAUUGGCUGAUAAGUAUCGACCAGAAUUGUAAUACUGGUGCGUUCAUAGUAUUUGGUUGUUCUCUAAUUGGGCAUUUUCACACAUGAGGCUUCUAUAGACCUGUGACAGGAUCAAGCAGUCAGCAGCAGGAACUAAGCGGCGUGUGUUCAUCAUCGAGACUAUGGGAGGAUACUGCGGCUACCUGGCCACCAUGGCUGGUCUCUCUGCAGGAGCUGAUGCUGCUUAUAUAUAUGAAGAGAGGUUUGGCAUCCGUGACUUAGAGAGAAAUGUGGAACAUCUUGUUGAGAAGAUGAAGACCACUGUUAAGAGAGGCCUAAUUCUUAGAAAUGAAAACUGCAAUUCCAACUACACCACUGAUUUCAUCUUCAACCUGUAUUCAGAGGAAGGAAAGGGUGUUUUUGACUGCCGUAAGAAUGUCCUUGGCCAUAUGCAGCAGGGUGGCACCCCAACUCCUUUUGACAGAAACUUUGCUACCAAGAUGGGUGCUAAGGCUGUUCUCUGGCUCACUGAGAAGCUGAAGGAGUGUUAUAGACAUGGGCGAAUCUUUGCCAACACCCCAGACUCUGCUUGUGUGUUGGGCAUGAGGAAGAGAGGACUGGUGUUACAAGGGACUCGAGGGGGGCAGGGAGAGAACGACGGAGGCGCGGUGAGCCAGGAGCGGCCGAUGAGUUCAGACCAGGGCGGAGAGCCGCAGCUGCAGGAGGAGGCUGAGCCGGGACCCAGGCCCCGUGGGGAGGACGAGAUCACACCCGGGACCGGGGGAGACUCAGGCGUCAUG